AUGAGCUGGAGAUUCAGCGGGCCGAACCUUUCCGGCAUUACAAAAUUGCUUUCAAAGCCAGACACUACAGUAGAGAUGAUUCUUGAUGAGCCAGCACUUACAACGGCUCUUCGUAAUAAUCUUCAAGCUUUGAUCUCUUUCUUCGUCGAUAAUCAUGAUAAUAACUCACAUUUAAUAGAUUUAGUUUUAACCGAUAUUGUUCCAGAUACUAAGCUUCCUGCCAAAACAACGAGAUGCGCUGUACAAGUUUUAACAUCGUCAUCCGCAAUCAUAAAUAAGAGCAAAUUAUUAUUUCAACGCCUUGUUGAUUUCCCACAAAGUCAAUUCGCCAAAAAUCAGAGAUGCUGUGCCAAUUAUUGCCAAAUUGUCGAAAAUAUCGCUCGUUAUACAUCCGGCCAGUCUCUUUCUAAGCUUACAACGCUUAAAGAAUUUCUCAUGAAGGAUAUGAACAACAUCGCAUUAUGCGAAUUGUUUGUAGUCCUUGCAACAGAUCAUCAUCAAAAUUGGAUUGUAACGGAGCAGAUGCUUAACGAGAUGCUCUCUGAUCCUAACACUCCAAACAACUUCUACAUAAUAAGAGCUAUUGACAAUAUGACAAAGUCAAAGCAAAAAGUCAACAGACAAUUAUUCCGUUUAAUCUGCCAAAUCGAAAUCGUUAAAAAAUUACUUGCAAUCGCCAAAAAUGAUAGCUUGAGGCCAGCUAUCAAUAUCGAGGCUUUUAUGCUCCUCGAAAGAAUGAUAAAGGAAAUGUCACCAAACGAAGAGCUUAAGAAGUUAAUCGAAACGGAGGCAGCAUCAUAUAACUUUACUCUUGAAAGGCCAGAGGCUGUUAUUUCUGCAGCUCUUCGCGUUUUCAUUACAAAAGAUGAUUCAAUCAUCCUCAAAGUUUUCUCUAAUACUGGUACAUAUUUCCGCAAGGGUAUCUUACGCUCUCUUACAAAUAUGCCUCAAGAAGAUCUUCAGGCGAUCGCACAAAGAGCAGAUUUAAUCAAACUCUUCAUGGCUGAAUUCCCGAAGAAUACCUACAACGGACACCUCAUCCCGAUCGCGGAUGUACUCGAUGGAAUCGCAAAAUCUACAGAAGGUUGGUCAGAUUUUUAUACAAACGUUGUAAAGACACGCGCUGAGAAAAUGUCCUGCCAGUUCGGUGGCGAACAUCCUCCAUCAGCUAUUUCCGAUGCAGAAGAAGACGACGAUGACGAUGGAGAAGGAUUUGCAGGAACUCGGCCUGCUUGCGACGAUGUUGACACAGAACAACUAUUCUCGUCAUCAGAAUCAUCAUCAAGCUCAGACGAGGACAUAGAAUACAUCAGAGCUGAUGCAAAGAAAUUCUCAUCGAGCUCAGGUAGCGAUUCAGACUCUUCCGAUGAUGGAGAAAUUCUCUUCAAGCCAAAGGGAGACUCAGCAUUGAAAUCCGAGUCAGAUGACAGCGAUGAUGUAUUUGGAUUGUCAAAGGACAAAGGUGCUAAGCUGAAACUUGCAGAUUCUUCAUCAGAUUCGGAUUCCGACUCAGAUGACCUUAAACUGAAGACUCCUUCUGUAUUCCCAGCUGCAAUUGGACUUCCACCACCAGUAUUACCAAAUCCAACACUUCCUACACCACCGCCACUUAAGCCUGAUCUUACAAUCUUCAGCGCUAUGGGUAAUCCAGGUCUUCCACCUGCAAUGAAGAGCUCAGAUUCAGAUUCAAGCAGCGACGAUGACUCUCCAUCACUUCAAGCAUUCCCGAAGAAGCUAACUGAAGCAAAGGUUCCACCAUUCCCAGGAGCAGACGCAACUCCAACACCGGUACACGCAAAUCUUCCUCCGUUCCCAGGAUUACAAGAUAGCACAUUGCCAAAGCCAGAAGGUAAUGCUCAGUUACCACCUUUCCCAGGCACUCAGCCAUCCGAAAUCCCUAAGACUGAGGGAAAUGCUACUUUGCCACCAUUUCCAAAAAGUGACUCCGACCAAUUAGAAGAGAAAGUACUUCCACCAUUCCCAAGUGCAUCCAUUCCACAGGGAGCACCAACACUUCCUCCGUUCCCUGGUUUACCAAAGGAAAAUCCUGGAUUCGUCGCACCUCCUUUUCCAAAGAAAGUAGAAGAGGAUAGCCAUGAUGCACCUGCUCAGGAUGAAGCUGCACCAGCGGUUGAUGCGAAGGAGAACGAACAGAAGAACGAUAACCAAUAA